AUGGAAAAUCAACAAAAUGGAAAUUUAACUAAUCCUCACAUCUUUGAGGUGAUGGGAACAGUCGCAAAUAACCCACAUUCUACUACUACCAAUGUAACAGAUGCCCCUAAAGAAUGGUACUUGACACUUUUUCAAAAUGAAUCAUCUGUUGCAUUCCAAAAUAGAACAAACAGAGAUGUAGAUAUUAUUAUUUUUGGAGGAACAAAAAAAUUUAAUAUUGCAGAGGGUGAAGUAGUACCACCCCAUUAUAAAAUGGAAUUUAGCAUUGAAUCACAUAGUAAUAAAGAAAUUAUUCCUCUCUCAGAUGAAGGUGAAAUAUUUGUAACAUAUAAAGUUGGUGAGAUGAUUCAAUUUGUUAUCAGAAGACCUUUAAAAUGUGGUAACUCCUUCAAUGUUUUAGAUCGUCACUUAGAUAUUAUCGAAGAACCUCUUAAUAGAGAAGAGUUUGAAAACGAGUUUCUUUUGAACUAUCCAAAUUAUACAAACGUUCCAGCUAGUGAAACAAAUUUUUAA